CCCGCCCCGGCCCCGCUGCGCUCCCGGCCAGGCAGGCUCGGCACUACACGGGCGGGCAGCCAGGAUGCAGGCGGCGAACAAGGAGCACCUGUACAAGCUGCUGGUAAUCGGCGACCUGGGCGUGGGCAAGACCAGCAUCAUUAAGCGCUACGUGCACCAGAACUUCUCCUCGCACUACCGGGCCACCAUCGGCGUGGACUUCGCGCUCAAGGUGCUUCACUGGGACCCGGACACAGUGGUGCGCCUGCAGCUCUGGGACAUCGCAGGUCAAGAAAGAUUUGGAAACAUGACAAGGGUCUAUUACCGAGAAGCCAUGGGUGCAUUCAUUGUCUUCGAUGUCACCAGGCCAGCUACGUUUGAAGCAGUGACCAAAUGGAAAAAUGAUUUGGACUCCAAGUUAAGUCUCCCUAAUGGCAAACCAGUUUCAGUGGUUUUAUUGGCCAACAAAUGUGACCAGGGCAAGGAUAUGCUCCUGAACAAUGGCCUCAAGAUGGACCAGUUCUGCAAGGAGCAUGGUUUCGUAGGAUGGUUUGAAACCUCAGCAAAGGAAAACAUAAACAUCGACGAAGCCUCCAGGUGCCUGGUGAAGCACAUCCUCGCCAACGAGUGUGAGCUGAUGGAGUCCAUCGAGCCGGACAUCGUGAAGCCGCACCUCACGCCGCCCAGGGCCGUCAGCUGCUCCAGCUGUGCCAGGUCCUAGUGGGCUCUGUGCUGGCACAUGCUGCACAUCACCCCAUCCUCUCAGACAUGGUGCCUCAGCUUUUACCACUUUGGGAAAAUGUCAUGAUAGGGAUACACACGUGACAUGCCAAAGAUCUCUGCCUCUGUCUUUCCUAUAUGAGAGAAAUAGCAAAUGUGUUUUUAAUGUCUGUCCCCGCCCCCCCACCUCCCUCCCCGCCCCCUGCCACCCAGCAUCAGCAACUGUGUUUACAAGCAUUUAGAAUAUUUAGUGUGUUAAAAAAUUGUGUCUGGUAGCUGACCACCAUUCUGCAGGACGAGAUUGGGCCGUGCUAUUUGCUUCUUUGCAUCAGCCAAGGCCUCAGGUUUUCAAGAGAAAGGGGAGAAGGGCAGACUCGCUGGCAAGUCGAGCAGUGGCUUUCGUUUUGCCGCUGGUACCUUUGCCCAGACUUGAAUAUAUUCUCUGCUGCUCUGACCGGCCUCCUAAGUUGAAAUGGUCUUUUCUCCAGACAUGACCUCCAUUCCCAACAGACCCAGGAGUUUCCUUUGAUUUAGCUCUUCGGCGUCAUGCACACAGGCUUCCUGUGCUGUUGCUUUUAUUGUCGCUUGCCUUGCCCCGAACGUGGGUUUAACUGGAAAAUGUAUGAAAAAGAUCUGCCCCCUGUUUGUGCCCUUUUGUUAGCUUUCUCUGACUCAUGCUGUGGGACUCUGUACAUGUAAUAUAUAUUGUAUAUAUUUUCACAAGUGAAAAAUAAAACAUGAACGGACUCCG